CCUGCACGCUCGUGGCUUCGCCGACCAUGGGGAGGGCCGAGGCUGGCGGGCACCCGCUCCGGCUGGCCGCCCUGGCCAUCCUGCUCUCCGCCGUGCCAGUAAAAGUUUAUGUGAAGAUGUACUCUGAUAGUCCUUCUCUUCUCUGUACAACUGAGGAACUGUCAGAAAAAGAAUUAGUGGAUCCAUAUUUUAUAUGGGUGGGCCCAACAGGAAGAAACAUAAAAGGGGAGCCUUACACUAGGAUAUCUGAAACAGGACGACUUAUACUGAAAUCCUUUGACAAGUCCAUGUCAGGAGAUUACACAUGUACAGUUUCCUACAAGGAUGUGGAUGCAAACAAGGAAGUGUUUCUUGAUAUGAAAUUCUCAGUAUAUGGCUUUCGCGAACCAGACUAUUCAUUUAAGUUUUCAACACGCUAUCACACCCAUGAAUGCCAUGAUCCUGCCAAUAACCACUUCUUUCGUAAGUUCAAGUCAGUGGAAAAGGAGCUAAUUGCCGACCUGACCUGUAGAAUAACUGACGUAGAGAUGAAAUGCCACGUUGUCAAAGUACCACAUAAAGGAUUAGUAACUGAACUCUUCAUUACAUUUAAAUUGGACCCUUUUGGCUAUGGAUGGGAAGAAGUUUGCAAAAAGUUCAUACAUGACUGUGAGGAUGAAACAAACAGAAGGGUAGAGAAGGCCCGAAAUCGUAUUGAGGCUUUCUUCAAGAAACAGAGUAUUGCACUUGACCAAAUGAACGAUAACAUGCCCACAUAUUACUACAUCACAAAUUCUCUGAAAACAACACGAGUGGAUCAUUGUCGGCCAGGGUUUGGGAAAAACAAGUUAACGCAUUUAGACUGUUCUGAGUGUUGUGUGGUUUGUGAUCACGGAAUGUACAGCCCUACCAAUGAUGUGUACUGUAAACCCUGCACCAGUGUCAAGAUUAAUUACUACGGAGCAACUGCCUGCUAACCAGAGCCAAACUGUUCCAAUUUUAUAUUUAUCUCAAUGACUGAUACUGCUCUCUAAACAAAAUCAAUUUCACCUGAAAAGCCAAAGUUCCCCAGUGAUACCAGUAAAAUUGCAUUAUAUAUCUUACAAAGGUUUAUCUGUAUACAUAAGCUACAUUUGUGAAAUCUGUAUUGGGAGCAAUUGACGAAAGAUCUGGUUUUCCACAGAUUAAUGACUGUUCUCACUCUCCUAAUUGGAUUGGCAUCAUCUCCAGUUGGUUAUCGGUAAAAAUUGUGCAAGUCUGAUGUCUUUAUUUCCCCUGCCUUUAAUGUUUAGCAUUAGUGGUGUUACCAAGGGCUCUAUUACCUGAUGUUCCAUAUAAUCAAACACUGAGAUUACUAAACUAUCCAUGAAGGUUUAGGAAGUAUAAAAAGCUUCCUUAAAAAUAGAUAGAUUUUUAAGUGAACUGAAUGUAUUUCUGAAAAUAAUUCUCACUAAAACCAAAUGCCCAUUCUUUCAAUUUGUAUUUGUCAAUCCACGGUGAGUGUGGACCAGGCCCCAUCAGCCUAUCGAAGAGCAAACACAUUUUAACCAACGUGGUGCAGGCUGAACCCUUGUCAGUGAUUUAUCAUGAUUUGCUGUUUCUAAGUCAAUGUAAACACAGGCAUGGAGUUUGCAACAAAAUGUACCACCCAACAACUUUUAUUUCUAUUUUUACAAUAAAUACCAGACAAUCUGCAAGCAUGUGUGGAGAUUCAGCAUGAGCAGCCACCUCAUUCAGCGCAGUGGGACUGGGAGUACUGGACACAGACAUGGGAUGUACUGAGCUUCCUGUAGCACUGGGACAGGAGCAUGCUAAGAGACAUUGAAGUAGUAGUGAUACUCUGGGGAAACAAGGUGACGUUUUAACUCCCUCAGCCCAGCAGUUACAGAGUUAAAUUUCAGGUAUUGACUGCUGUCGACCUUCCACCAUGUCGCCAUUUUAAGUUGGACCUUUAGCUGCUGCUGGGCACCCACCCUGCCUCAUUAUUCCAGCAUGUGUUGGAGCAAGCUGGAACACGGUUAGGAGAAAGCCUUAAUAGUUUGUGUCCAAGGAUUAUUUUUGUGAGGUCAGAAGG